AUGGCGCUCGAUAGCUACUACCAGAACAAGAUCGAGGCCAUGAAGCUCGAGAUCCUCAAGGGUCAAGCAGUCCUCCGCCGCCUCGAAGCCCAAAGAAAUGACUACAACUCCCGCGUGAGGCUACUGCGGGAGGAGCUGGGCUUGCUGCAGCAGCCCGGUUCCUAUGUCGGCGAGGUCGUCAAGGUCAUGAGUACGAAGAAGGUCCUGGUCAAGGUGCAUCCCGAAGGCAAAUACGUCGUCGACGUCUCCGACAAUGUCGACAUCACAAAGCUCACCGUCGGCAAGCGGGUAACCCUGCUGUCCGAUAGUUACAAGCUCGAGAAGAUGCUCCCCUCCUCUGUCGAUCCCCUCGUCUCCCUCAUGAUGGUCGAGAAGGUCCCCGACAGCACGUACGAUAUGAUUGGAGGUCUGGACCAGCAGAUCAAGGAAAUCAAGGAGGUGAUCGAGCUGGGCCUCAAGCACCCCGAGCUCUUCGAGUCGCUCGGUAUCGCACAACCAAAGGGUGUCCUGCUCUACGGCCCUCCCGGUACGGGAAAGACGCUCCUCGCCCGUGCCGUCGCACACCACACCGACUGCAAGUUCAUUAGAGUGUCCGGUUCCGAGCUGGUGCAAAAGUACAUCGGUGAGGGUAGCCGCAUGGUCCGCGAGCUCUUCGUCAUGGCCCGCGAGCACGCCCCCUCCAUCAUCUUCAUGGACGAAAUCGACUCCAUUGGUUCCUCCCGUGUCGAGGGCUCCUCGGGCGGUGACUCGGAAGUCCAGCGCACCAUGCUCGAGCUCCUCAACCAGCUCGACGGCUUCGAGCCCACCAAGAACAUCAAGGUCAUCAUGGCCACCAACCGUCUCGACAUCCUCGACCCCGCCCUGCUGCGUCCCGGACGUAUUGACCGCAAGAUCGAGUUCCCCCCGCCGUCCGUCGAGGCCCGCGCCGACAUUCUCCGUAUCCACAGCCGCAAGAUGAACCUGACGAGAGGCAUCAACCUCACAAAGAUCGCCGAGAAGAUGAACGGCUGCUCUGGCGCCGAGCUCAAGGGUGUCUGCACAGAGGCCGGCAUGUACGCCCUCCGCGAGCGCAGAGUCCACGUCACCCAGGAGGACUUUGAGCUCGCAACCGCAAAGAUUCUCAACAAACACGACGACAAGGAGGUAUCGCUCGGCAAGCUCUGGAAGUAA